GAAAACCCUACUUUAAAAGUUCAAACAAGAAAUUUGCGGCCCCGGCUUUCGUUCCCCGUUUUUUUAAUUUCAUUUCUACUCUCAACCCCUCUCUCUACGGGACGUAGGUUUCAAGUAGAUACUUCACUGACCCAAAUCGCCUGCAUUUUACUCAACUUUCUUGGAAUCCAAACAACCCCACAAGAAACCUAGAGAAAAAGAAAAAAAAAAACGAGAAUUCUCGUAUGGAUUCACGGGAAGCUCCUCCUCCACCUCAGCCUCCGAACAUGAUGGUGGGCCCUACCUCAUACCCCAUGACCACCACCACCGCCGCCACCAACAGUUCCAACAAUUCAUCUAUGAUGAUCAGCCCCAACCCCGGCGGCGGUGGGCCGACGAUGAUCCCUCAACCCUCCAGUGCCAACCGAUUCCCCUUCAGCUCGUCGAAGCCGUUGGAUUCCCUCAACAACAACGCCGGUCCGUACGACGGAUCGUCCGGGUUCAGCAUUGACGCAUCGUCGGCGUCGGCGGGGAAGAAGAAGAGGGGCCGGCCGAGGAAGUACUCGCCGGACGGCAACAUUGCGCUGGGCCUGGCGCCCACACCCAUUUCCGCUUCUUCCGCGGCCAAUCACGGGGAACCCGCUAGUGCCAGCGCUGGCAGCGGCCCUGCAUCUAUGUCCGAGCCUACCCUGAAGAAGCACCGCGGCCGUCCUCCCGGUUCCGGGAAGAAACAGUUGGAUGCUUUGGGAGCGGGUGGGGUGGGAUUUACUCCGCAUGUUAUUAUGGUGAAAGCUGGCGAGGAUAUAGCAACGAAGAUUAUGGCCUUUUCACAGCAGGGGCCACGUACUGUUUGUAUUCUCUCUGCAAAUGGUGCCAUCUGCAAUGUUACCCUUCGUCAACCAGCAAUGUCUGGUGGUACUGUGACAUAUGAG